AUGUCUGCGCCCAAAAGCUUAUCCAAGAAUACUUUUCUGAACAUACAAGCAGCUGUCAAUCUCGCCAAAAACACAGGAUAUCAAUGUUGGAUAAAGGCAUACAAUCCUUUAUUUUGGAUCGUCUCAUUACUCUUCAUUUAUUGGAGAGAUACCCAGCAUUACCUUUUUCAUCACUACUAUCAACACAAAUGCCGUAUUUCAGCUACGAUGACUCGUCAUGACCCUCCUCCUUUUGAAUAUAGAAAGAGACUUUCAGCGAAAAGCAAACACACUCUCUCCACCCUCGCUCACCGAAAUAACGCUCAUUACAGUUAUAUCGAUAUGGACGGAUGGCAAACAAUAAAAACAGUAACUUUCAUUGACACCCAAUUAAAUGCAAGUGCCCUGCAGAAACAUCAACAAAGGUUGCAUGAUACUCAUCUUCAAAAAAACCAAUCCCACGGGCUCAAGGGUACCCAUACAAAUAGUUGUAGUAGUCGUACUCAUUCGACGAUCAGUUUUCGACACCCACUAGAUGUACAUCAUGACCAAGCAAAAGCGCUACUCUCUCUUGUGGAGAAACAAGCUGAAACUGAGAACAAGAGAGACACUCAUAAAAAACGAUCCCUCUUUUCCAUAAAAUUGUCAAUGUCACAGUGGAAACUCAUCAAGAAAAGGAAACGCCAUCAACAAGUAGAAUCGUCAACAAUAUCAGCUGCUGCUAUCGGUACAAUCAAUCAAGAGGAUAAAAAACUUCCAGCAUUCAACAAACGAAGAUCAUCCAUUUUAUUCUUGAAAAGAAGAGCAAGCCAGACUAGCACCUUCAGUGGUAGUAGUAAUGAUAGCAAUACUGGCAGUGAGACAAGUAGCAGCAGUCAAAGAAAACGAGUGAAACGCUUGUUUACUUCUACUUUAUCCUCAUUGAAAGCAAGACCCUAA